AUGAUGUUUGUUUCCGGCGAAACCUGCGAACCAUCUGCAGAAACUGCUGGAAUGGUGGAAGAAAUUGUGAGGGGCCAGAUUAUUGAGAUGCUACAAAAAUGCUCCUCAAUUGCGUCCCGUCGCGGGUCUCGCUCCCUUUCGACGCAGGAUCUCAUCUUCCUUAUGAGUCAUGAUAUAGGGAAGGCCUCUCGGUUACGGACCUAUUUAUCAUGGAAAUAUGUCCGGAAGAGCGCAAGAGAUAAUGAUCCGUCACUGGGCGCCGAGGUGCACGAUUCUGGAGACCAUCCCGACGACCCGGUGGGGCCUACUACGAUGGGGCAGAAGCGGGUAAGGACCGCUCUUCCGUGGGGCAUUGCUAGUUCAUUCUCCGAACAAUUCGAUGAAACCGAGGAAGGCGAAGACGAAGACGCGGUAGAAGAGAACGCAGCCACACUGCAGCGUCUCAGAAAUGCCGAUGAACGCACGCGAGGUAUGACUAGAGACCAAUACGUACAUUGGUCACGAUGUCGCCAGGCAUCCUUCACAUACCGCAAAGGAAAGAGAUUUCGGGACUGGGUUGGGAUAAGAACCAUUACAGAUGCAACGCUUGAUGAUGAUAUUAUCGACAUUCUCGGUUUCUUGGCCUUCGAAAUUGUCCAGACUCUUACGGAAGAAGCGUUGGAGGUAAAGCGGUUAGAGCAUAAGGUUUCAUUGGGGGCUCGAGAGGAAAGCAAAAAGCGGAAGCGGGGGAAUCUCUGGUUUUCCGCUGAGGAGCAGAGGACCCCUAUUGAACAACGACAUAUUGUAGAGGCUUUCCGAAGGCUUCAAUCCCCGAAGCCCAAAUGGCGGGCCAUGAAGAACCUUUCGGCUGGAGUGUUCAAAUCAAAAUUGACUUUGGUAUAG